AUGCAAAGAAAAGAGGAAGUGUGUGACUACUGCAGACGGCAAGAGAAAUCUCAGCCCGCGAUUUCUUGGUGCUCGGAGUGCUGUGAUCGCCUGUGUGAGACUUGUGUCAAGUUUCACAAUGUCAACCGUUUAACUAUGGAACACAAAGUAUGUAAUGUUGAAAAUCAAAGUCAGACUGAAUCCGCCAGCACCCAUUUAUUUUGCCAGCAGCAUGCCAGCAGAAAGCUUGAGGUGUACUGUUUUGACCACGAGGAACCUUGCUGUCUUAUGUGUGCCACGGUAUCUCAUAGAAAGUGCGAAAAGGUCAGCAGUCUCGAUGAGUGUUCCCAAAACAGUGCUCACGAGGUUCCACGGCUGCUCGAACAAUUCGAAGAACUUGCGACCAAGUGCAACAUGGAGGUCACACGCAUAACAAGUGACAAGGAGAACCUGUGUAAAGAUUCCAAAGAUAUAGAAACUAGGAUUAAAGUGUUGGUUGAGGAAAUUGUUCAGGCCUUGAAAGAGAGAGAAAGGGCAGUGCUUGCUAAGCUAGAUGAAUCUGAAAAAGAGCAUUGCCUUGCGUUGCAGAAAACACUUGAAGAGUUUUUGGCACUUAAAAAGAAACUAGGUGGAAAUAUUGAAAAGCUCAGAAAUUCUGAAAGAUUUAGCAAGUUAGCCCUGUUUCUGGAAAUGAAAAAAAUGGGGAAAGAAGUUCCUGAUGCUGAAUUCCUGUUCAAUAAUCUGGUAAAAGCUUACAAAACACCAACUUUAGAUGUGUAUAUCGAUGAACGGGUACAACACUUCCAUUCGUCAUUGAAAACGUUCGGUGAAAUCAAAGUCAAUCAAAAAAGCAAUACAAUCGACUACAAGUCUGGAAAACUUGUGUUGGAGAAAUCACUGAGUGUGACAGGAAGCACUUGUCUUACUGACGUGGAAGUUGUCCAUGACAGUUACAUGGUCGCAGCUUGUCAAACUUCUCAAACUUUGUACCUCUUGGAUGCAUCGGGAAGUCGUCAAUCAUCGAUCAAACUUUCGGGAAUGUCGUGGGGUAUUACAGCAUUCCAGGACUAUCAAGUUUGUGUUGCAAUUCGAGACCCCAAUCUUGUUGGUAUUUUCAGGGUAGAUAUUACAAAUUUAUCUAUUACAAAACUUAAAGAAUUACCAAUGACCGGAAAUGCAUGGGGGAUUUAUGCAGUUGAUGAGAAACUCAUUGUUUCCUUGUCAGAGUCAAAUGGACAAAUUUUCAAAGUUUAUGACAAAGAAGGUAAUUAUUGUGAAGAGCAUCAGGUCACUCAGGGUGAUUCAUAUUGCAGUGCCAUUCAUGCCGUUUCUAGAAAUUCGCUAUUGUACACCAACUUCAACGACAGCUCAAUUUUCUCAACAAACCUAAACAAUGCAGGAACCGCAACUACAGUUAAGCUACAAGCGGGAAAGGGGAUGAGAAGUCCAAUUGGCGUUACUUGCGAUCCUGAAGGAAAUAUAUACGUUGCAUGUUUCAGCUCACACAAUGUCUUUCAGUUUGACCCAAGUGGAGAAUUUAUCAGACUGAUUUUACAGCAAAACUCGGGGGUUCAGUGUCCGUAUGGAAUACGUGUGAAGUACCUCGAGGAUGACAUCAAACUGCUGCUGACGUGUCAGGGGAAAAUUUUGAUUUACCAAUUCAGUGAUUCAUAG